AUGAAGACCGAUAAAGAUUUGCUUUCAGCUAUGCUAUUGUUGCUUCCCUCCCUGGUUUUACUCCUUACCCCUGUUACUGCAGAUCCUCUCGGUAAAGUUCGUUCAAAUAAGACCUACACACCCAAUAGCCCAUUUGAAAAUAACCUGAAGGGCCUUCUCCAGUCUCUAUCUUCCAAUACACAUCUCACAGGAUUUAACAGUGCCUCUGUUGGAAGUAAUACUAAUCAGGUUCAUGGAAGAGCACUAUGUAGAGGGGAUGUUGCUGCUCAGGAUUGUAAGAACUGUGUGGAGAAUGCAAGCCAAGAAAUCAUGAAGGUUUGCAAGAGUGAAGAGGCAAUUAUAUGGUAUGAAUUUUGCCAAGUCCAAUAUUCCUACCAGAUGUUCAGCGUGAUGGUUUAUACUGGAAAAUAUCCAGAUUCAAAUUCUCAGAAGAAAAAUGUUUCUGAUCCAGGCCAUUUUUACAGUUUUCAGAAGGAUUUAAUGGGGAAUCUCACAAAUGAUGCUGCAUUUGAUCAUGCUAAGCUCAUGUUUGCAGUUGGAGAAACCAAAUUGUCGAGGAAUCUUACUAUAUAUGGACUUGUACAGUGUACCAGGGACCAACCUGGGGGUUUCUGUAGUAACUGUUUGAUGUCUGCAUUUGGAGAUCUUUCAGGUUGCUGCAAAACUCAUGAAGGUGGAACAAUUCUUAGGAGUUGUAACAUGAGGUUUGAGGUGCACCGCUUUUACACAGUCCCAACUGUCAAUGCAGGGGAAUGGAAGAUGUGGAUGCUUGUGUUGGUCAUUUGUAUACCAAUAUUUGCACCAGCAGUUCUUAUCGGCUCCUGCAUUCUCUAUCGUCGGGGGAGGAAGGGAACACAAAAUGUUGCAAUGAUACAAGAAGGCAGUUUACUCGGUCCUCAGGAAUUGCCCUUCAUGGACUUUGCAACUGUCAAGGCAGCUACAGACAACAUUUCAGACUCAAACAAGCUCGGACAGGGUGGGUUUGGCACUGUUUUCAAGGGUGUGCUACCAAAUGGAAAUGAAAUAGCAGUUAAAAGGCUGUCAAGAAAAUCAUGGCAAGGGGCAGAGGAGGUUAAGAAUGAGAUCAUACUAAUUGCAAAACUUCAGCACAGAAACCUUGUGAGAUUCUUGGGCUGUGGCAUAGAGGGAGACGAAAAGCUGCUCAGAUACGAGUUCAUGCCCAACAAAAGCCUUGACAUCUUCAUAUUUGAUGAAGAUAAAGAGUUACAAUUCAAUUGGGAGACACGCCAUAACAUCAUCAAUGGAAUCGCCAGAGGACUACUUUAUCUUUACGAGGACUCCCGGCUUAAAAUCAUUCACAGGGAUCUAAAGCCCAACAAUGUCUUAUUAGACCAUGACAUGGUUGCAAAGAUCUCAGAUUUUGGGAUGGCAAGGAUUUUUUGUGAAAAACAAAAUGCAGCCAACACCAGAAGAAUUGUAGGAACGUAUGGUUACAUCGCUCCAGAGUAUGCAAUGGAGGGAAUAUUCUCUGUGAAAUCUGAUGCUUUCAGCUUUGGGGUUAUCUUGCUUGAGAUCAUCAGCGGGAAAAGAAACAGUGGCUUCUACCUCACGCAACUUGCUCCGACACUCCUAGCAUAUGCAUGGCGGCUUUGGAAUGAAGGAAAAGAAUUAGAAUUUGUGGAUUCUUUGCUGACAGAAUCAUGCCCCGCUGAGGAAAUUCUUAUGCAGUGGCUAUAUCGCUCUAGAGUACACAUGUCAUGGGCACUUCUCAAUUAA